AAUUAAUUUAUAUUUUUAUUAUUCGAUUGUAUAUAAUAAUGAAUUCAUGAUUAAUUUAUCAUAACAUGUUGUGGCGUCACGUACGCGUGUGUAUAGGAUAUGGACGCGUCCCUAUAGACCGGAGAUAUCUAUAUCUCCGUCUGUCGGGGCUCUUUGUCGUGCUUGUACCACGGGUCGGCUGAAACCACGACGACUGCCUCCACGUGCUGCGAAAAGCACUUACUCGCCCUAAAUUGUAGGUCGCCGCCGUUGUGACGAUAGUGGGGAUAGCCAGAGUGGAGGGGCAGAACCGAGCACGGUACUUCGGUCAUGAUCGAUGAUUUCCGUCGCCGUUCGGUACAGCCAGGCGGUAAACAUUACACAGUACGAUUGGCCGUGUCCUAAGGGUCCUUUGGUUUGGUUUUCGACUUUGAGUUUUUCGACGGCAUUCAGUUGUGAGAAGUGACAAACGAACGCGACAUGCGUUAAAGAGAUCGUGUAUACUCAUUUCAAUUCGUUCGGUUUAAUCUUUUAAGUUAUUUCGUUAAUUCAUUUUCCAAAGGAUGUUGAGUCGGAAUAUGGGAUUUUUGGACUGUGGAAAGGUUUAACAAAAACCUCACAGAUUUAUUUGCUUAUAGCAAAGAAUGGUGGGUUAUUAUCAAAUGAAACAAAUUACAAAUUCCACAACGAUGUCGGUCAAGAACGAAAUAUCGACUGUGGAACCAGUAGAUCCUGUGAAAAGUCUCGUAUGUAGUCCGGAUUUAAGUGUGUUCACUUCACCGGCAUGUGGUUCUGAAACUCCAUUAACAAAUAUCGAAGAGAAAACAUACCAGUGUCUGCUGUGUCAGAAAGCCUUUGAUCAAAAGAAUUUAUAUCAGAGCCAUUUGCGCUCACACGGUAAAGAAGGUGAAGAUCCAUACCGAUGCAAUAUUUGCGGGAAAACUUUUGCGGUACCUGCGCGACUGACUAGACAUUAUCGUACACAUACUGGUGAAAAACCGUAUCAAUGCGAAUAUUGUAGUAAAUCGUUUUCUGUAAAAGAGAAUUUAAGCGUUCAUCGUCGUAUACAUACAAAAGAACGGCCUUAUAAGUGUGAUGUGUGCGAACGCGCGUUUGAACAUAGUGGUAAAUUACAUCGACAUAUGCGAAUUCACACCGGCGAACGGCCGCAUAAGUGUACUGUCUGUUCAAAAACGUUCAUUCAAAGCGGACAAUUAGUAAUUCAUAUGCGUACGCAUACCGGAGAAAAACCAUACGUUUGUAAAGCAUGUGGCAAGGGAUUCACUUGCUCAAAGCAACUGAAGGUACAUACGCGUACGCAUACCGGGGAGAAACCAUAUACUUGCGACAUUUGCGGGAAAUCUUUUGGUUAUAAUCAUGUAUUAAAGUUACAUCAGGUUGCCCAUUAUGGUGAAAAAGUUUAUAAAUGUACAUUAUGUCAUGAAACUUUUGGUUCAAAGAAAACAAUGGAGUUACAUAUUAAAACUCAUUCAGACUCAUCAGUUGUUGGUUCUCCUCGGGAUUCGCCAAUUGAACCAGAAAUUGAAAUCUCACAGAAUAGUGUAAGCACUGGCAGUGACAAGGAAAACCACAAGACUGAAGAGCCAAAUGAUGAAGUUGCUACUUACGAUAACACUCCACGUGAUUUUCCUUAUUAUAUGUAUUCCAGAGAGCAGUAUUCACAAACACAUCUCAUAUCUAGUGAAAAUAGAGACUUUCAAACAACACCUACUGUCUCUGUUGAACAGCCUCAUUUAUUUUUGUAUCCAGAAGUUUCUUCAACAUACACUGGUUUUGGAAUUCAAAGUACUGAUUUUGUUGGUGACUGUUCAUCUCUUCUCAAUUUGCCAGGAAAUGAUGCUCGUAGAAGAGUUGAAGCUGCGCUGGAAGCAGUUGAAGAAGAAAGGCAAAGAGAAUAUGGAAUCAGGGUUGAAAGAGAUCCAAUUCUAACUCCUCCAAGUAGUAAUCCUGUGAGUCCUGUACCUUCGCCAGACUCUCUUGAUUUGGCAAUUCCUGUACGAGAAACAUUAAUUCUCCCUCCAAGAAAACGGUGUAAAAUGAUAUUAGAAUCCAUGGAAAUUGAAAGGAAUGGUCUCAUAGCCUCUCAAAGACAGAACUCUGUUAUUCAAUUUGCAAAAGCAUCAUAGUAGAAGAUAUGGAAGAAAUUAAUUAUCAUGACUCAAUGAUAAUGUCAUAAAUGGUGAGAUAUAAUUUCAUAAAAAAAUAUAAAAAUCUAAAUAUAAUUAGUGGAAGAUAUAGUGAGAUUAUCAUUUUUGAUCAAGUACAAAGUUACUUUUUUUUUUAACUUGCUUAUCAAUAUUUUGUAUAAUAUACUAUAUUUAUAUAAAUUCUAAAGUAUGAUUUUAAUUCGAAUUACAAAAUAUCGUCCAUUAAUGUUUUUAUUUAUCUUACUAUAUCAUUCUCACUAAUUAUACAUGUUGGGAUAGUGAUGGGCUGGAAAAAUUCAAAUAAUCAAUAUUAGAAAAUACAAAAAUUGUUAAAUUUUUAACUGUCUUAACAAAUUUUGAAUUUUGAAAUGAAAAAAUUAAAAUGUGAUUAAUAGAAAUAAUUUUAAUCUCAUCAUAAAAUAUUGUUAUAAUAAAUUCAAAUAUUUUAAGACUUUUAAGAUUUUUAAUAAAUCAAAUAAAACGAACUUUUAAAAGCAAAAUGAAUAUCAAAUGCCCAUCGCUAAUUAAAUAAAGAAUUUUGCGCUUCAGAAACAACAGAUAUUGCCGCGAAAUUUUUUUGUGGUAUUAUAUGAUCUGAGUUAAUUUUGUUUCGACACUGAAUGUUUUCUAAACAUUUUAGAAUUUUCUCCAAACUUUCAAGUAUCUUAUAAAUAUAAAAUAAAAUAAGAAAACAAUAAUUUUUCUAAUAAUUAUAUUUAAUUUAUAUAAAUAAUAAAAAACUUUUAAUUAUUAAUCAAACUGACAAUAAUUUUUUUUGCAUUUUAAACAGAGAAAGUUUGAAGAAAAACAAAAAAUUAUGGAAAAUAUGCUUUACAAGCCUUAAACGAACCAAUAGAACAACGUCCAGUAAUUUUACUAUUUGAAAAAAUAAUCUUAAACAUUUUUGCAGUCCAAUAGGAUUAUAAUUAAGUGGCCUCAUAAAUUUGUGAAUUCAACUAGUUCUGAGAACUAUUUACACAUACCUCAGGUUAAACGACGUACUUAGAACUCGCCAGAAAAUCAUUCAUUAUUUAUAAAUUGUCACAUAAUAUAAAGAAAACAUUAAUAUAUUUUACAAAUUUGAAAAAUUAUUUAUUUGAUAUUUUAAUGAAUUCAUUAAGAAUCAUAAAAAAGGUUCAAAAGAUAAAAUAUUGAUUGAACCUAAUAAGUUUAAGAAUGAAUUUAAUAUUAAAACCAAUAAAUAUUUACAUAAUUUUUAAAGUUAAAUGAUUUUUUUUUAAAUAAUUAAAAAUUUUAAUUACAAAAAAAAGUCAUUGUAGCUGGCGUGCUCUGAGUAAUUUUUCAUAAUAUAUAUAUUAUAAAUAUGUGUGUGUGUGAGCGUGCAUAUAUGUAUGUACAUUAUUAAAUUGUAACGAAUUAGUAAAAGUAAUGAAUAUUGCUGUGGCACAACUAGCAUCAUCAUUAAAAAGGCUUGAAAUUAACGUGAUCGAGACAAUUUUUAAAUUCGGAUUAAUAUUUUAAUUUUUUUACAUCAAAAGAUAAAGUACAAAGAAUAUUUGACACAAGACGAGAUUAUGUACAAAAUAUAUAAUUCAUUUGUUAUGUUUUUUGAAUAUUUAUAAAUUUGAUUUUUUUUUGUUGAAAGAAAUGCGUGAAAAAUUACUUCAUUAAUAUAAAUUUCCUUUAAAAUUUAAAAAAUUUAAAUAAUCGAAAUGUAUCAAUUAUGUUUGCACCACUGUCAUCAAAAAAUUUUCUUUUUUUUUGAUUAAUUUAUUUCUUUGUUCUUCAAAAUUAAAUUGAAUGCUAUGUGUUUUUAUAAUAUAUAUUUUAUGAUAUAUAUUGUAAAGUUUUUUUGUUUAGACGAAAAUCAAAGAUUUUAAUUUCUUGCCAAAACUAAGAUUGAUUCCAAUCUAAAGAAAAAAUUUUUUUUCUUUACGUAACAAAUUUACAAUUACGUAUUAAUAUGAUAUGGUAAAAGUGAUAUUAAAAUAUAUUGUUGCUCAAUUUCAUUGUCUUUAAUCUCGUACUUUUAGUUCGAACAAAAUAUAUAAGUGAUUUUAUAAUGAUUUAUUAUUACAUAGAAAGUGAAUGAUUAAAGGCAUUAUAUGAAUUCAAUUUUAUUUUCAUAAAUAAUUUUCAAUUUUAAAGAAAGAUGGCGCUAGUUUGCUGUCACAUUAAAAUUGGUAAUAUUUAUAAUAUCAUAAUAAUUUAUAUGUUAUCUAAAAUUUAAUCACAUUGAUUUAUUUGAAAUUAUUUUAAAAAUUUAGUGCGAACGAAAUUUUUUUUAUGUUAUCGUGGUAUAAAUAAUUUCAAUUCGAUAGAAAAUCAAAUUAAUUUUAAAACGAAAUCAUUCGUGUAAUGAUAUUUAUUAUGAGAAAUAUGUAGUAAAUGGUUUCGUUUCAUUAAAAUUUCGAGAUUAAAAAUAUAAUUAUAAAAGCACACUAAUUUCAAGUACAAAAGCGUUGAGUCGAAAUGCACGAUUCGACAAUUUUAAGAAAAAAACAAAACAAAAAUUAAUAUUAUAUAUGUAUAUUUAAUUGCCAACAAGUAGUAUUGACCAUCUUAAGAAGCUUGAUUUCCGAUCUUGCAGGUCUUACUGAAAUAGUACUAUACUAUAUAAGCGGUUAUAAAAUUCUCACUGUGAGAAUAAAAUCGAUAGAGAAGAAAGUACCAAACACAUUAAGAACUCCAUUAUUGCCAGAGUAUUGAGUGGAGCUAUGCUCACUGCCAGUACAAGUAUGCAUGUAUAAAUGUACAUGCGAGUUUAAUAUUAAAUAUUAAAUUGUAUUAGAUUAUCACAAUAUUUAUAAUUUAAAGCCAUCUGUAUUUACAUUUGGCAUUACUCCAGUAUGAAAUAAUACAAAAUGUUUUAUAAAUUGUGAAAUAAUUUAAUGGAAGAUUCCGCAAAGUGCAUAUAACUGAAAUAUAAAUUAUAUUUCAGUUUUAAUUCUACUUUCAUAUUUAUAAUUAAACUUUUUAAUAUGCACACCUAAUGUUAAAAGAAUAAGUCCUUAAUAUAAUAUCCAAAAAGUCCGAAAUUUUAAGAAAUUGCGGUACUUAAGAUACUAUUUUUAAGGUUUUUAGUUCAAAAAUAUUUUAUAUUAAAAUAUAUAUCUAUUAAACGUAUAUCUAUUAAAAAGUAUUUAAGAUACUAAAUGUACUUUGCGAUUGAAUCUACCACUAAUUAUCGAUCUGUGGUUUAGAGAAAAGCUUUGCGUAUACACUGAGCCAUGUUUAUAAUUAAUAAGUAAUGUAAUAUUUAUAUAGAAGCUCAUGUAUAUUAUUCAUUUUUUCCUUUUUUUCAAUGGAAAUAAUUUGACACGUGGCCUAUUCUUUAUUUCUCUAAAGAUUUAAAUAAAUCGAUCUUUUUGUUAUAUGUGAAUUAUAUUCUCGUUAAUCAUGUGAAUCCUCACAUGACAUAAAAUUUAUGUGCAAUUGUAUAUUUAAGUUCUUUGGAAAGCUUAGCUUUCAUUCUUUAUUGUUUUAUUUACUCUUGGCAAAGUUUUAAAUGAGGAAAUACUCGAGUGUAUUGUUAUAAAUUUUAAGAAUUGUUAUGUUGUAUAUGUUUUCGAAGCGCUUAAAAUUAGGUUAAAAUGUAAAUUUUUUUUUUUUGCUAUAAGUCGUUAAAUAUGGCCACGUGAUAAUACAUAAAAAAAAGAAUGGAUGCAAAUUGUUAAGUAUUAUGAUAAUAAUGAGAAAUAGAUUGAAAUGUGCAGAAAUAAUUCUAGUGUAAUAUUACAAUAAUCUGUUAUUACUUAUUAUUUUUAAGAUAUACAAAUACAUGCCAAAUGGGAUGUGUUUUAUCCCAUUAUCUCAAGCGUGUGGAACUGAUUACAUGAUAAAGAAGAAAAGGAAGAAAAAAAUUUUGUAGAAAUUCAUUAUAUACAAAAAACUGACAACAAAAAUAGAAAAAUACAUUUUUGUAAGAGUCUAAAUGAAAGCAUUUUUUCAAUUUCGCGCUUUUAUGAUCGAUCGAUAAAGAAGAAAGUGCAUAACGAUAAUAUAAUAAAAUAUCAAUGUUCAUAAUGAAUUAAUAAAAUGUAUACAAUGACGAAACGAUCAACGCGCAAAUUGAAAAAUAGAUUCUCCUUUCAAAAUUGACUCGCUGCAAUAAUUCUAAUUGCAAUCAAUUUUUUGUCAAAAUAUUAUUUUUGGUUAUUUUUUAUUUUUAUUUUUAUUUUUUUUCUUUUUUGCAUCAAUAAAAUAAAAAUUUUCCGAAAUUAAAAGCUUUUCGAUUAUCGAUAAGCGAUAAUGAUUGUAUUUUCUCAUUUUAUUCCGCCAAAGUGCGUACAAAUAAUUUCAUAGUCAUAAGUUCCGACAGAGGAAAUAUAUUUAUUUAUUUAAUAUAUGUAUGUAGCUAUAUCUAUAUAUAUUAUUUACAUAUGUAUUUUUUUGCUGAAUGUCGGAAAAAACUAAAAACGUGUAUUCAUUGCAUUAAAAUAUAUUCUAUCGUAAAUGUU